AUGCCGGUCUACACGUUUCGAACAGACUUCCAAACGGCAGGAGCCGUCGAUGGGAGUGGAUCCCAUUUAUGGGCCUCAGGCCUCAUCGAGAACAGUGGAGACCAAAGGACCGACCGGGGGCUAGAGAUGGCGGUAUGCGUGUGGAAGAUAAGCGGCCGGACUGCCUCCUCGAUUCCAAGGGUGUUGAUACUUGAGUCUGACAGAGUUCCCAACAAGUACUGCUCUGGUCGGCCCCGACCCACUUGUUCGGCUCGAAGCUUCGGUUGCCUUCUGCCGGAGCCCAAAGGGACGUUGAUGAGUAUGAAUAUGGGCCAACCAAGUAGACACAAUUGCCUUCUCAUUGAGAAGCCUGCCCGUGCUCUACUCGAGUCUGGUCGACUGGCUGAGUGGGAGAGAGGGCCAGCAUGGACUUGUCUGUCUGCUCCCAGACCCGAGGGCUGUGGGGUUUAG